UUUUUCGCUUAUUCCCCAAAACGCUCGCCUUCUUUCACCAGUGAAAGCGAUGCCCUGCCCCUGCGCUUUCAGAAGGCGGAAGGAUUGGAGGGACAGAACAGAAAAGCGAGGAAGAUGAAGAAGGGCAAGGGAGUGGUAGUAGCAAAUCAUGACGAAGCCUAUGCAGACGAAGAAUACGAAGUCGAAGACAAUCAGGCGGAUUUCCCUCCGGCUACGGCCAAAUUCUCCACCCGAAACGCUUCCUCCAAAUACGAUUUCGUCAAGGUGAAGGUGUGGUUGGGCGACAAUGCGGAUCACUACUACGUCCUCUCCAGAUUCUUGCUCAGCAGAAUGUUGACUGUCACUAAGAUACCUAAUCAUGUGGCCAUUAAAAUUGCUCUUGAACUCAAGAAGUUGCUCGUAGACAAUAGUCUGCUGGACGUCUCUCAAUCUGAUCUUGAAGCAAAUUUGUUUAAGCUCAUGGAAAGACGAGGUUAUGGAGAAGAGUAUAUAAAUCGUUACAAGAUGAUGACAAGAUUUCACCAUCAAAGAGUACCUUUGGUCAUUCUUGUAUGUGGUACUGCUUGUGUUGGGAAGUCUACAAUUGCUACCCAACUUGCACAAAGGCUGAACUUGCCAAAUGUCUUGCAGACAGAUAUGGUUUAUGAGUUGCUACGAACGGCAACAGAUGCCCCUUUGACGUCUUCCCCUGUUUGGGCACGAGAUUUCAGCUCUUCUGAGGAACUAAUUACUGAAUUUUGUAGAGAAUGCAGAAUAGUUCGAAAAGGUUUGGCUGGUGACCUGAAGAAAGCUAUGAAAGAUGGAAAACCUAUUAUUAUUGAGGGGAUACAUUUGGAUCCAAGUAUUUACCUCAUGGAUGAUGAGAAUAAAUUGCCAACUGACAUGCAAGCAAAAGUUGAGGAUCCAAAGUCUGUGGCAUCAGAUGAAAAAAGUGCAACACAAAGAGAAAGCGCUUCUAUUGCUUGUGGCGAUCAGAGUGAGAAUACAGACUUUUCUCCUCAGAACUGCAGGUCGCUGGAGGGGGACAUGUUACACAAGGUUUCUGUUGGCCUAGAGUCAGUUGACAUUGCUGCAAGUGUUUCUGAUGACAAAGGUGAAACAAUCAAAGACCUAGUGACAGACAGAAAACCUCCUGUUCAGAAAGAAAAGUCUGGUUCUGAACCAAUAAUUAUACCUAUUGUUCUAAAGAUGGCUGAGUUUGACCAUAAGGCAUUACUAGAGGAGUGGAUAUCUACUCGUACAUUCAGCAAAAAAUGGCUAAAUCAGGACAAAGAUAAACUAAUAAACAACUUAAAAACAAUUCAGGACUAUCUCUGCUCUUUUAAUUCUCAGCAACAACAUUCCCCCAAACAUUGGAUUGGCUACAUAGUUAUCUUCUUCAGUGUAUUGAGCAAGGUAUAUCAUCUGCCUCCAAUGAAAGUGCCAAACGGCCAGCUGAGGUAUAACAGAGGGAAAGAAUAUGAGGCUGAGAACCACAGGCGCAUGUUAGAUAGCUCCUCAGAAGUUACUUGUCUUGAGCAGAUGAGGAAAUAAAGUUGCAGUGGUGCUGCACUAAACAACAAAGACUCGCAAUGCUGAUGCUGCAAAAGCCAUGACCGAGCAUCAAAAUGUUCACUAGGACGGGCUGGAGGCUGCAGUAAGGUUUAGGACUUAAUAGAAUAAAAGAAGUCUCAGCUGCGCUUACAGAAAUAGAGAGGCCACAUGAAAUGGUUGGGUGAUUAUUAGAGGGAAAUUUGCUGGUGUAUCUCUUGUUUAGAUAGAAACUGAUAUCUCCAGAUAAUUUGUUAUGUAGAAAGUUUGAUCAGAAUAAUAUGGCAACGAUUUAUCGGUAUUUACUAUUGAGGGAUUUUUUCUAUUUUUGAUGAAUCAAUAGAAUUUUGGCCCUCAUGGGUAUUUACUAAUUUGAAUUUAAUGUGAUGGGUUGGCUUGGUUUGGUUUGGUUUAUGGUA